AUGGGCGACAUGCAAGAGAGGUGCGGCUGCAGGAAGCCGGACAUAACCAUCUUCGAGAUGUGCCGAAGCUGUGGCAAUCCAGUCAAUUUCGAAGACCUCCGACAACAAGCUAUCAAUACCUACGAUAGAGAUGGUCGACCGAUCGAGGAUCCUAAUCUGCCCCGACGUCACCUUCUAAUAGGAAAUCCGAGAAACAAUUUGAGAGUCCUACAUCUGGACGAUGACGCGUCCCCGAUUCUAAGUGGCACAUUCGAACGAGCUUCGAUUACCCAUUUACCCUAUUAUGAAGCAGUUUCCUACUGUUGGGGUGGAGAUGAUGGUGACUAUACUAAGUCCGAAUUCAUCAUCAUCGACGGCAGGCUCUUUCCAAUCACGAAGAACUGUGCAGCAGUGCUCCACCAAAUUCGCAGGCCGCGAGAAAUCAGAGUUAUCUGGAUCGAUUCACUUUGCAUCAACCAGAAUGAUAUCAAUGAGAGGUCGGUUCAAGUCAGCCAGAUGGGUAAAAUCUUCUCAGGGGCGCAGAAGGUCCACAUAUACCUCGGCAAUAAUGUUGACGACAAGACUUUAUCAGAUGUUUUUGCUGUGCUGGGUUCAAUGGGAAGCCUGUACGAGUUUGACACAAGUCUUCGUACGGCUACUAGGGUACAAGCGCUCAAAACCUUGUUCUCCCAGACUUACUUUUCUCGCAUGUGGAUUAUACAAGAAGUUCUUCUCGCAAAGGCCGCUGAGCUGCACUGGGGAACAGCCAGAAUUCCGUGGCAGACGCUGAGCGAAGACCACCUUAGGGUGAUGAAGAAGUACGGCAUCGCACGCUUUGUCCCUGAGUGGAUGCGAAUUCAGGCCACCACGAAGAAUUUCCGGAAGUCCGAGACCUUGGCCGAAUUGUUGUUCAGCGCCAUGGGCAGCACCGCGAGCAACAAUAGGGAUAAGGUGUAUGGGAUCUACGGACUACUACUCGAUGCAGAGGAAGAAGGCCUCAUAGUCGAUUACAGUCUAUCAGUGGUACAAGUUUUCACAAAUAUGGCCACUCAUUUAAUCAAAAAACAUAACGCCUUGCGGGCGGUCCUACGACAUGCCAACCACGACGCCCCCCUCAUUGACGGCGAGCAGCUUCCCUCUUGGGUCCCCGAUUUUCGAUCAAGAUCUGUGCUCCUAGGAGCUUUCAUGCCUGAUAAGGGAUUUGGCGACUUGCAGAUCCAAUCUAGCAUCACAUCAGAGAAAUUGGUAUCCUGUGGUGGGACGGACGAACUAUGCCUUCGGGGGCAUAAAUUGAUAAUCUUCCCAGACGCGGCUACAGGAUUCACUCGACAUUUCCAAGUCGUCAGGGGCGAGGCCGCGAGACUGGACCUCAGAUGGGAAAUUCGAGCCAAGUUCCCAAUAGCCUUCGACCCCGUGGACCACGUUGCUUUCUGGAUGCCCGGAGGAUUGGCCCUUCAGUUGAAGAGACAUCCGACCAGAGAAGGCACAUAUACAUUCCUUGGAAAUGAUGUGGUGAAAUCUGCUGGCCCUGUCCCCACCAUGGUCCAAGACAAUUGCCUUAUACCCUUUGCAGAUGCCGUUCACGGAUGGAAACUGCAGGAUCUCAGGUUCCUCUGGAAAUUCUGCACACAUUUCGAAGAGAUUCUGCAGCACGAGUCUGCUCAGACGGGGCUCAGACUAACAUCUAUCAACUUCCCAAAUAUAAGUAUCGGAUGGGAAAACGCCGAAAGUUUCAUUAAAGCAUCCCGUGCUCCCAUCCCAUACAGUCUGAUGGUUCUUUUGAGCUGGAACAGGCCAUCGAUGUCCCAUGUUGAACAGAUGCUCAGCUUUACCAAAUUCUGGGAGAGCCAAGACACGUGGGAGACCCUGCACAGGCUCGACAAAGCCUUGCACUACCCCGAGGGCUACGAUAUCGGGACUACCACUGAGCUUUGUGAGGCUUGGCUACAGUGCUACAAGACAGCCAAGGACCUGAUCAACAGAUUUUUGGUGGCAACUAAUGAAGAUGCAACUGUGAGACCGGAGAUUUUGGAACAUAUAGAGGCCUGGGAGAGCACUACCGAAAAACUAUCAGAAGCAUUGAAUUGGACCGAAGGGUUUUGGCCGUUUGAAACACGCCCUAGGGUCCGGGUAUGGUAUCGCGACAAACCCUCAAGGGCCCAAGUAUGGAACUGGUGCGAAGACAGUGAAGAUAAAGAUGGCGAAGGAGAAGCAGGAUGCAGCAAACCGGAAGUCAGCUCCCGUUUUGAGGAACCGACAGUUGAUUGGGUGGUCAAGAACAGCGUUGGAGAAUCUGGCAAAUUCUUGAGCUUUGGGAUAAGAAAUGGACUGAAACGAUCCAGUCGAUCCCUCAUCUUCUCACGAUGA